CGGACCCGCGUCACCGCGAGCCCGCGGAGGGCGGCGCCUGCACCCGGCCUCGGGAAGUCUGCCCACCCCGGCCCGUGCUCAGAUGAGGCGCGCUCGGGCCUGCGUUCCCGCGGCAACGCCAAUCCGCCGCCGCCGGGCCGGGACCGAGUCGGCCUGCGCCCGCCGCCGCUCGCCAUGCUCCGCCGCCCGCGCCGCCGCCUGCCGCCCGCGCCGCGCCUUCUGUGGCCGCUGCUGCUGCUCCUGCUCCUCCCGGGCGCGCCGGCGCAGCCCGACCCCGGCUCCGCGCGGCCGAAGGAGCAGCCGGGAGAGGCGCGCUCGGGACCGGCCUGGUCGGCCUUGCGCGGCCUGCGGGAGCGGCUGCGGGCGGCCGGUGCCCUCUCGCGGCGGUACUGGGCGCUCUUCAGCUGCCGCGUGUGGCCCGAGGACUGUGAGCACAACGAGACGCCCGCGGGGCCCCUGGGCUGGGACCUUCCCUUGCUGGGCCAGCAGUACCUGGAUAUCCUGACCGCGUGGUACUGCAGCUUCCAGGACUGCUGCGGCGGCGGGGACUGCAGGAUCUCCAACAACUUCACAGGCCUAGAGUCAGACCUGAGUGUACGACUGCACGGCCAGCAUCUGGCCCAGGAGCUGCUCCUGAGAGCAGUCAGGGGCUACUUAGAGCUGCCCCGGCCAGACAAGGCCCUGGCCCUGUCAUUCCAUGGCUGGUCAGGCACAGGCAAGAACUUUGUGGCACAGAUGCUGGCGGAGAACCUGUACCGGGAUGGGCUAAGGAGUGACUGUGUGCAGAUGUUCAUCGCUACGUUCCACUUUCCUCACCCCAAGUACAUGGACCUGUACAAGGAGCGGCUGACAGGCCAGAUAAGAAAGACGCAAGAGAGCUGCCACCAGACCCUGUUCAUUUUCGAUGAGGCCGAGAAGCUGCAUCCGGGGCUGCUGGAGGCCAUCAGACCAAACCUGAAAUGCCAGGCCCCAGAGGACCACAGGGCCGAGUCCCCGAGAAGCAUCUUUCUGUUUCUCAGUAACCUUGGGGGCAAUAUCAUCAACAAGGUGGUCCUGAAUCUGCUUAAGGCUGGAUGGUCCCGGGAAGACAUUGCAAUGGAGCACUUGGAGUCUAGCCUGCAGGCUGAGCUUGUGGAAUCCUCAGACGGUGCCUUUGGCCACAGCCAUCUGGUCAAGGAAAACCUGAUUGACUUCUUCGUCCCCUUCCUGCCACUGGAGUACCAUCAUGUGAGGCUGUGCGCGCGCGAUGCUUUCCUGAGCCAGGAGCUCCCGUAUACGGAGGCGGCACUGGAUGAAGUCGCCAAGAUGGUGGUGUACGUUCCCAAGGAGGAACAACUCUUCUCUUCUCAGGGAUGCAAAUCUAUUUCCCAAAGGAUUAAAUAUUUCCUGCCUUAAGGGCUCCAUGAAAACCUCCUGAAGCCACCUGUCUUCCAGUAAUGGGACUCAGGGCCUGUCAGCACACUGUCCGGGCCUGUAAGAAGCUGGGCGUGGGGCAGGCUGGCACCCAGCAGUCACUAACACGCAGGGUGUGUAGAAGGAAGGCCUUAAGUCAGAAGCACAGCCAAUUCUUAAAAUCAACUAAAGUGACUUAAAAGUGCCUUAAAGAGCCACAUUCCAAAAUGUGGGCCCAGUCGUUGAGAAAGCCAUGUGGGAAUAAACAAAUCCCCAGGGCUUAUUAGUGCCUCAGCCCUUGCCUGCAGAUGCCUAGACUCGGGCAUGGGACCUGCGGCUGCAGGGUCCUCGGUGACAGAAGGGAAAAGGGAGGCUUUGCUUACAUGGGCAUCUGGGUGGGUUAGCUUUCCAGGUGUUACUCCCAGAGGGAAGCUGAGCAGCUUUUAUCUGUGAGCCAGAAGAUCAGCAAAGAGCAUCAGACUGAAGGAAAAAGUACACAGAAUUAUUUUUUUAAAUCUCGUCAUUGUAAGCUAAGACUUACUCUGUUGUGCAGAUUAAAAGUGUAAGUCAGGGGCCUUGACAUGACCAUGCCAUAUAUAAAGAUUAAAAUUUUGUAUUUUUCUAAAA